GUCUUGCAGCAGGCGGAGCUUAGGAUGCUCAGAUGAGGGAAGCUGAGGGGCAGGUGGAGACCCUGGAUGUUUACGCGUUUCGCUUCGCUCAGGGAGGAUUAGUCGAAGCUGUGGAGCAAACAUCGGUCGUUGUGGAGACAGAGUGAAAUCUGUUUGGAGAUUGCUUUUUGUUCUACCGGCGAUCGGGAGGCGCAGAUCGGCGCUCCGCCGCAUAGAGAGGCUGAGGCGCACUGAGGCGCUCCAUCUGUCUCCGUCGAGUCGCUGGAGGCUGCGGCGAGGUGAUGCUCCAUCUUUGGAUCGACGGCCGGAGCCGUUGUUUCUGAAAGCCUGCUAUUAUGCAAGGAGCAAAGAGGACUAGGAGGAUUAAAGGGGAACGAAGUACUGGUUUAGAAAACAUUUGGCACUCUGGCAGAGUAAGCCCACUAUGGUCGACCCCUCAGAUAUUGAGGAGCAGAAUAAAUGUAAAGGCCCACAGCUUGACACACCAAUCGUGGCAACUGAAAUCUCUAGAUUAUCAGAACCGGUUGAUGGCGCAACAACUGAGGAAGAAGGUGAUGCUGGUUUUGAGACACCGCCGACCGGCAGUUCAGAGCCCAGUCCCUGCCACACUGCUUCUCCGACAGGGCCGCAGGUCAGCACACAGGGGGCUGCAUCUCAGCAACCACAGACUCAGACGGACACAGAUUUGGCCCCUAAACUGCACCUGGACCUCUACAAUUUUGACUCACCUGAUGCGGAGGGCAGUCGUUAUGUGUUGACAAGCCCCCGCUCUUUGGAGGCGUGUGCACGAUGUGGAGUCAAACCUGUGGAGCUGCUGCCACGCCCUCUAGCCGACUUUAUCCGUGAGGCGCCUGGCCGGUCAAUGCGUGUCGCCACAGGUCUUUUUGAAGUCUAUGAGAAAGACAGACAUGGCAAACUCAGACACUGCAGGGAAGAGAGAGAGAGGAUCGUAAGAGAAGAGAAAAGAAGGAUUCUGCAGGCAGCUGUCAACAGCAGCACAUCUUUGUCCUCAGUGGAUAAAGUUCCAUCUGGUAUCAAUGUGCCUCCUAAAUCUAGUACAGUAACCUCUAGCUCACCCCAUGAUGCAGUAGUUUCCUUUAAAGCUGCACCAUCAGGUGCAACUCCUUCGUCCAAAGCCCCCACCUCUAUUCUUAGUACGUCCCCAAAAUCCAUUCAACCAAGAACUACACCGUCUCCAAAGUCUGGUCCCAAAACAUCUCUGCCGCUUCCCAAGGGUUCAGUUCAAGUUUCAGCCAAAGCCUCAGUGUUCCCGUCAUCUGAUCAUACCAAAAGCACACGUCCAAUUUCAUCUGGUCCCUCACCAGUGCUCAAGAAAUCCACCACUGGUAAACCUUCAAACACUUUUCCGAGAUCAGUGCAGAAACCUCCCUCUUUUCCUAGAGCUAACUCUACAUUAACAUCAUCAGUGUCAAAGCCUGCCGCUCAGAGCACCAACACACAAGUCAAUGGAGUAACAAGAGGGCUUUUCUCUCACCACAAUGGGCAUCUUGGAUUACAUUCCAAGACCCGAGGGAGAAGCCAUUCCCUUGAGUCUUUACAGCGAAGGAUGGAUCCAGCCUGCUGCUCAGCCUCCACCACCACCACAACGACAUGCACCUCAUCGGAGUCUGGGGCUUCCUCUUCUUACAGUUGGGAUGGUGCACGAGACCACUGGGCUAAACUUUCUAGCCCUCGAGCUCGCACUAUGGCUACUUUCAACUCCCUAAUGGGCCGUAGCCUCAGCCUCGGAGACCUCAGCCACUCCCCUCAAACAACACAGAAGGUGGAGCGCAUCGUCAAGGAGGUGAAGCGUCGGGGCCUGAAGGCUGUGUCUGAGCGUGAUCGCAAGAUUGCAGCUUUGAUGCUUGCUAGGUAUCAGGAGGAAGACAUCAUGAGUCAGACCCGUUAUGUUGCUCACCUUCAGUGGGACAGCGAGCGCAGGAUGGAGGAGCUGCGGCGGGAGCAGGAAGACAGGGAGAAGCAGCGGGCAGUGCUCCAGUGCCAGCGUGUGUGGCAGACGCAGGUUUCAAUUCGUCAGCGGAAGAUCAGCCAGCAGGAGCGUGAUUCAGCUGCUGCCAAGCUGCGGCAGGCAGAGGAGCAUGAAGAAAGGUGGAAGGAGCUCGCGGAGCAGCAGGAGCGCAAUCGUCUCCUGAGGCUACAGCAGGUGGCGAGAGAAGAGAAGCACAAAAAAGCUCUUCAGGAACAGAACCUGAAGGCCUUGGAGGAGGAGAGGGCUGCCAUGCUAGAGCAGGAGAGACUACUCCUAGAGGAGAAGCUCACCAUUGCUGAGCUGAAGAGGCAAGAGAGGGAGCACCAGGCCCAGGAGGAGAGACGAGGUCUAAAUAAGGCAGAGAGGAGACGUCAUGCUGCCCUGAUACAAGAAAUUGCCCGUAGAGAACAAGAAGAGAGGGAUGAAGCUAAAAGGUUGGCUGAGGAGAAGCUCAACCGCUCCCUUGAGAACUAUGAACAGAUAGUUGAACGUCGGGGACAGGAGCUAAAAGAGAAAGCCAAACGCGAAGAGAAACAGAUUCAGAAAGCUCGCAAGGCAGCUGAGAGGCGCGAGAAGCAGCAGCAACAGCUGCUUGAGGCACGCGCCAGGGAGGCUGCCAAACGAGCCCAGCAGGCCACCGUGGUGGCCGAGGAGAAGGCCAAGGAGAAAGCCAAGCGAGCCAUCAAAAGUCGGAAGGAAAAGGAGAGACUCCAGAAGCUCAACAGGCAGCGUGUUGAGGAAGAGGAGAGGCAGAGGCGCCUGGAGCUCCUGCAGUCCAUCGAGAGGAAGCUCGAGAAAAGCGAGCAGAUCUUUAGGGAAAAGAAGGCAGUAUUGGAGAGCGCCCGCUCCGUGGCCCGGGCAUCCUUUCACGUGCGGGACAAAGUGCGGGAGGAGACCAACAUGCGUACUUUUGAUAAGAUGGCCCUGGAAGCUCAACUCAAAGCAAGCCUAGAUGAAAAAGUAAACCCAUAACUGUCCUGUAAACACCUGGUCACAUCAAUGACUCUUGCCUCUAUUGCUUAACAGGUUACCCCUCUUUCCAACAACACUAGUGGCAUUUUUUAUUUACAUGCCAUUACACAUUAGCAGCUUUCCUCUGCUUUUGUCCACUUUUGUUAAAGUUCAUAUCAAAUCAAAUAAAUCCAGUUUGGUAUAAUUUCUGUAUUAGGAAAAUUAAUCAUAUCAGUAGUUAUAACGUAAGAGUAAAGCCCAGAAGGCAUAUGGAAACCAACUUAAGAUUUAGUGUGCACAGUACAGUUUUAUGUUGUUUUUUUUUUUUUUUGUGGCAACACCCCCUCUCUCCCCUCCACCACUUUCUCUGUAUGGUCUUUUAUCCUUGGCUGUGUCUUAUUUCAGCCCCUGGACUGAAAGCCGUGCUGGAAUGAAAAGAGUCAUUGUUUAUCUUGAAGCACAAACUCGCCAACUGCUACAUAGGCUUUUAAGGAAAAAUUCCUUUUAGUAGAAAAGCAAGCCUGAGGGUGAAGUUGAAUAAAUAUGGUUCCAAGCAAAUUCAAGGAAAUGACAGGCCCUUUUUGUACAAACAUGGACGGAGGCACAGCCAGUCUGGAAGUUUUACACCAAAGGCUGAAAGCUUGUCCGUCGCUUCAUUGCUGACAGCGCAGUGCUGGGAGGUGCAGAGGACGUUGGAUAUUGCACCACAAGCAUUGCUCCUUCAAAUUCCUUCAAGGACUCUCUUUUUUCUGUUCAUGUUGAAUUAGUCAGCACUAAAAGAGAAAAGAAAACUCCUAUUGCCACCCUCCUGUUUCUAUCAGCGCCAUGGUGACCACCUUAUAGUCAGCAGGUCUCAGAGAUGACUGAGAGGAGAUGACUAAACACAGCCACCUGCUAACCUUUCCCCAAAACAAGCAGUUCUCCUCUGAUUGAAAUACAGCUAUAUAAAAGUGUUUUUUCUACAUUUCUGUUGGUAUUAUAUCAUCAUCAGUGAUAGGCUGCUAAGAGAAGAACCCUUAGAAGAAGCAGCUGCCUUUUCUGCAUUAAGGUUCAAAAACAGCUUUAUUCAUAGCAAGGCAUGCUGAUCAAUCUGUUAAUUGUUCCUUCUUACCUUCCUGUUUUUCAUGUGGGCUUUUUUUUUCCCUUUUUUAUUGAAUGAGCUGAAUGUUUUUUCUUUAAAUUAAUGGGUUUCUAUUUUUAAAAAAAGCUGUUCAGAUGUUGAAAUGACAAAAUUGAUAAGAAUUACAUCUUUGAGAUCUUUGCUCUUAUCAGCUGAAAAAAACUGUUACGGAUAAAUAAAGUGAACUUCAAGGUUGUAUUAUCCUUCCUUUCACUUUAUUUGAUAUCAAACAAUAAGGAAUGAAAAUGUUUAUCAGAAGGCCUCUAAACAUGGCGGCAACUGAGAUGUGAAACUUGGAAGUUCUGCUGGGCUUAGAGGUGGAAAAUGUACUCCAUGUUAUCUUUGAUAUGUUCCAUACAACUCUUUGUUCAAGGUAAUACAUUUUUCCUUUUUCUAUAUCCUGGUCAGAUCAGUGGAGAAAUAAAGAAUAAAAGGACAAUGCAUCAAAGUCUG